AUGGGCUCUCCAGUUGCGAAUCCCAAGAUUCUGUAUCGGAAUUCCCGUCUGCUCCGCAUGGUGUUCCUGCAGCUCCACCGCCAGCAGAGGGCUGACUUAUUUUGUGACGUUGUUCUGCAAGCAGAAGGAGAGGCUGUUCCUGCACACUGUUGUAUCCUGUCAGCCUGCAGCCCCUUCUUCACAGAGCGUUUGGAGCGUGAGAUGCCUCCCAAGGGACAUAAGGUUGUGCUGGAGCUCCGGGGGUUGAAGAUUGGGCCAUUGCGUAAGCUCGUGGAUUUCCUCUACACCUCUGAGAUGGAAGUGUCCCGGGAAGAAGCUCAGGAUGUUCUUGCAGCUGCCCGGCAGCUUCAGGUGUCAGAGCUAGAGUCUCUACAGCUAGAGGGAGGAAAGCUGGUAAAAAAAGCACUGGGCCGUCGUUUAAACAGGGAGUGCCUACAGUUGUCCAGUCCCGUAUCCAUUCCAGAGGGAAGUCUGAUGCAGCCUCCUCCUGCGUCUGGCGGAUGCUGCCUGACAUCCCAUCCACUUGCAGGAAAGCAGCAUACAACAGUUCAGCUUCCAUGCACCAAGCGAACAGGUAACAGUGGCAAUCCCGGCCAGAAAGAAGCUGUCAAGGAAAAACCAGCAAUUAAGAGUGAAGACAAACACCAGAUGUCUGCAGACGCAUCCACUAUGGCAGAGUUCCUAACAACGAAAGCUAAAAAACGUCUUGUGGGCACAGUAAGGAAUAUAGUGGAUAAUGAAGAAAUUGGCAACCUGCACACAGAGCAGGCCAGACCCAGAGAUGAGCAAGCUAUGGCUGGCUUGCAAGAGUCGAAAAAGAUCAAGCUCAGCCGUCCAAAGCUCUCCUCACCGCCUUUGCCUAUGCCACACACCUCUGAAGACCAUACUGCCCCUGUUUCCAGCAAAAGCUCAAAGUUCAGUAAGCGCCUCUGGCGUAAGAAAAGUCCUCCUCUGAAGGAUGACACCAAAGAAGCCAAAGUGGUCAGACAUUUGCAUGGCUUCUUGAGUCCCUCGCUGCUUCCAAAGGCUACCAAGGGUAGAAAACGCAGCUCCAGUGAGCCAGCUCCAAGCUUAAACCCUUCCCAAGAGGCUGGGCAGGUUGUCCGAAUGAAGCUUAGAAAGGUUAUUAAUGGCAGGUGCUGGGAAGUGGUGCAGAAGCCACCUGCUGUACAGCCCAUGAGAGCAGCAGGUUCUGUGCAUGCUUUGGCAGAGGAGGGCUCCCAGCCUCAACCUAGACAUCCUGAGCAAGAGGUAACAGUCACACCCCAGCAAGCUAGCUCUACCAGACUUCUGCCUGCAAAAGCAGAGAGUUCAUCUCUCAUGGAGAGGCUCCCAGUAGGAGAGGCUGGAGAUGCUGUGACCUUGGUUGACAGAGAUUGUGUUGAUGGGGACUCAUGCCAGCUGUUCAUGCUAGACCAAUUGGCUGAGGGUCAACGAUAUGACAACCUGGCUUCUGCUGGGGAGCUGGAACACAUGCUGGAUUUGCUUUUCGUAGAUGAUGCUGCUGUUGGGGAGUCCCAAGGCGCCACCAUUCCAGAGGGCGCGCCUACCUCAGGCCCUGCACCAAAAGCAAGUAACACUCCACUAGGAAAUGCUGGAGCUGAGGAAGAACACUGGUGUCCUGCAGAAGUGGCAGUUUCUCCACAGUGGACCAAGACAGAAGAGGAUCCCUUACAAGGACAGGACAGACAUGCUUCUUCCAAGAUCAGCAAAGGAACUCAUGGCUUGACAAAUGGAGUUCCCUUUCUGGACUCCUCCGUUAAUGGUUGCUGUCUGCUUGCAACAUCUCAAUCCAGUAAUGAUUGCAUUCCUUUGUGCAGCCUUACCUCUCCCCAGCAGGAAAGUUGGACAGCUCACCACCAGUUGCCUGUAUUGGAGAAUGCGGCUAUGAGCCAUACCGCCUCCUUGCCCAGUAACAAGAACCAAGGGCUUCCCUUCUUUGGAGAGGCUACCUCAGGUGCAGAAACAAAGCCCCAAGCUGAAGCAUUGCUAAGGAGCCCAUUGCAGCAUCACUUGGACUGUAAGCUGCCUCCCCAGUUAGCCAUCUUAGAAGAGGAGAUAGACGUUGGUGGGGUAGAGGAGUUCUUCUUUAAUAACGAGGGUGUCCGGCCAGAGUCCUCUCCGGAGUCUGAGGUGGAUGUUGUGAACUAG